AUGUCUUCCUCAACUACAGCGGCACAAGCAUCCACCUCUUCGCCAGCAUCGCCCCUGCGCCUACGAUACAUCGAUGCCGCGACCGCGCAAAAAAUCGACGAAGAGCUCAUGUCGCCAGCGGGUGGCUUUUCCAUCGACCAACUCAUGGAGCUCGCUGGGCUUUCGUGUGCACAGGCCGUCUUCGAGUGCUAUCCGCCAACGAAAUACCCCAACGUGCUCGUAGCUUGCGGGCCCGGAAACCAGGGCGGCGACGGCCUCGUCGCUGCACGCCACCUCUACCACUUCGGAUAUGAGCCCUCGAUCUGGUACCCCAAGCAAGGAAAGACGGAUCUGUUCCCACGUUUGAAGGUGCAGCUGCAGAACUUGGGGCUGCCCUUUGUACACCAGGACGAGUUCGAGGAUGCACUUGAGGAGGCCGAUGUUGUGUUGGACAGCGUCUUCGGGUUCUCGUUCAAAGGUGAAGUGAGGGAGCCGUUCAAAGUGCCACUCGAGAUCCUCAAAUACGAGUCGCGCAUCGAGUUUGAGGCGAGGAAAAAAAUGCCUCCCAUCGUGUCGGUCGAUAUCCCCAGCUCGUGGGACGUCGAAAAGGGCAACGUCAACAAGGCAUUCACCCCGUCGGUGCUGAUCAGUCUCUCGGCACCCAAGUUGGGAUCUCUCCAUUUCGGCGGGCGACACUUUUUGGGUGGUCGCUUCUUGUCAGAAGAUCUGGAGGCCAAGCUCGACUUGCAGCUGCCAGAUUAUCCGGGCACAGAACAGGUGGUCGAGAUUACGGGCGCUCGGCCUUUGGUAUCGCAGGAAGCUGAGCUGGCAUGA